AUGCGGUCAGACGAGUUUGCCGGUAAGACCAUCAAAGAGUUCUGUCAAGACAACCCUCCUGAGCUUCGUAGGAAGAGCCUUGUAGACUUCAGUCAGUUCAGCCGCUCAAAAGGCAUGCGUGUCAGUGCCACUCAGCAGAGCGGGAGCGCCCCAAUGACAGAGAGAGCCUUCUACCGCUACACCGAGAACGUCCUUGGACUUUCGCCCGAAGAAUCCAAAGAGCUUCUCGGCAGUUGCUCUUGUGACUCUUGUGUGUGUGUGCGAUUGAUGCAUGUCAGUGAGUCAGUCAUGUCCAUCCAGAAGUAUUGGUUGGAAUUCUACAACAACCCGGACAUCGCUCGCGACAACGAAGGAUUCCGCGGUGCGGAACAACUAUGGAUUCCCUCUCACAGAAUGAGACUCCGUGCCCGUGAGCAUUACAACCAGUCCGAGGUGACAGAGGGUUCAGACCAGCUACGGGCCCCCGCCAUGGACCAGAGGGAUAUGCUCUUCAAGCAUUUGGGGCGGCAGGAUGUGUCAUUCGGGGAUGAGAUUUUCAGCGUGACAGAUGAGGCCAAGCAAGAUCUCAAAACAAAGCUUGGGUCAGUGAAAGACCCUUCGGCAACUUCGGCGGCCGGCUCCUCAAAUCAGCCUCAGUACGAAACGCCUCCCAAAACUAGGAAUGUCAACCUCGCGCGUGAGCCUCCUGCUCUUCAGCGAAGCAUGGAGAUGGGCAUCAAGAAGCUGCAAGGUGAGAUCCGAAAGCAGCUUGCUCUUAUGGAGACGGCGAAAGCCAAGUGGGCAGACCAGCCAGCUGCCUUAAGGGCAACGGACCGAGCUGGCUUGUCCUUCACCCGCACCUACCAGUUUCGGCAUGAGCUUGUUGCCCGACUUGGAGGGUUUGAGUCUGAGAUUGCGCAUCUUGUUCCUGACAGUGCACGCUUGCCAGCAGAUGGCCAGAGCCCUCCCUCACCGCAAUCUGCGAUCACUGGUAUGACAGCCGAAAGCAUUGCCAAGGCAGAUGAUGCGCGACGCAAGGUUGCCUUCAAGGAUUUUCUGCUGGAGGAAGAAACCUCUGAGCGCAAAUUCUGGGAUGGCGAGUUGAUUGAGUUGCUCAGCAUUGAUGAGUUGCGAGACCUCAUGAAUAAAGUGUUGGAUGUCAAAUGCGCAGACCAAUUUCUACAAAUCAAGAGCUCUUGGCAAAGUGCAGAGAAGGCCAUUGUGACUUGUUGCAAGGGUUUGAAAACCAGCUUUGAUGAUUUGACCAAGCGCCUGAAAGCCGUUCUGAAUGACGACAAGCGCUCCAAACGAAAGGCAGAGUCUGAAAAAGAGAAGGAUGAGUUGAAAAAGCUGAGGCAGGAGGCUGCUGACAAGGCUGCAGAAAUCAAGCGGCGCAAGACGGAGUCAGCUCCUAUCCCGAAGCUUUAUCAAGUUGACACCCAAGGUUUGACCGAGGUCAGAUCACUCACCCAAGAGGACUUGCCAAAGCUGUCCGCUGAUAUCCGGACUGAGCCUUGGAAAGUCUCCAAGCAUGAGGAGCUUUUGGAGGCUUUGGGUGAGAGCAAGCUUCAGAAAGCUUUGGCAUCAUGGGGGGCGCAGUACAAGCGAACCCUUGCCCAGGUCAAGGUGCCCUGUGCCACUUAUGCCAUGUCAGCUGACAAUGGCAAGGAGGCAAUCAGUGGUUUGCUCUCAUCGCUGCUGGGCAAAAAUGACAUUGUGGAUGUGUCAUCCGUCGGCGGUGGCGCUGGCUUUAUGUCCGCGACAUGGAUGUAUGGCUGCCAGUCGGAUAUGAAGAUCCUGGGCCAUUUGCCCAAUUUCGCCAGUAUGCUGAAAGUUCAGGUAAGCGGGGAUGUUCGGCACAUGUUCAUUGAGAUCAAGUCCUUGCUGAAGCUUCUUUGCGAGGAGAAGGUGAUCAAAGAUGCAUGUGAUCUCAGUGCGGCGCAGGCUCACACGUUGCAACUUGAUCGUGGUGGCUUGAACGCCUUGAUCAAAAAAGGUCUGCAGGUCCGUGUUUGCGCGCUGUCAAAGAAUGAGUUGCUGUAUCAACCAUUGGGUUGGAUGGUUAUGGAAGUGGCCCUUCCAAGCGUGCACAUUUAUGGGGUUCGCAAAUCCUUCUUUAUGAGGUCCAACUGUCAAGAGUACAAGCUGGCCUUGGAAGUGGUCAAGUCACAGGGAAAGCCUGUAGAUAGAAUGAAGCAGAUUGUGGAUCUCAUGUCUGCAGAUCCUUCUCAGGCUGAGCAGGCCAAAAAUCCCAAUGCUGAUCCGGAUGCCAAUCCUACAACGCCGCAAAAGCGCGUUCGGCGCGGUGACGCAGUUGCUGCAGGCUCUGAGACCAAGGAGAAGGAGAACCCUGCUGAGUGA